GUCAGCUUUUCAUUCGCAGAAGUGAUUUCAAGCAGUGCAGUUUAAAAGCGCAAGGAGAUUUUCAAAUUAAGAAAAAGUGAUUUUUUGUGAAGUUUUUGAAGUGAGAAAGAUCCAGAAAAUAAUCUAAGAAUGCAGAUCUUUGUGAAGACUUUAACGGGUAAGACCAUCACUCUUGAGGUCGAGCCAUCUGAUACGAUUGAGAAUGUGAAGGCAAAGAUCCAGGACAAGGAGGGCAUUCCCCCAGACCAGCAGCGUUUGAUCUUUGCUGGCAAGCAACUCGAGGAUGGGCGUACGCUCUCCGAUUACAAUAUUCAGAAGGAAUCUACCCUCCAUCUCGUUCUCCGUCUUCGUGGUGGCAUGCAGAUAUUCGUCAAGACCCUUACAGGCAAGACCAUCACUCUUGAGGUUGAGCCUUCCGAUACUAUUGAAAAUGUGAAGGCCAAGAUCCAGGAUAAGGAGGGUAUCCCACCAGACCAGCAGCGUCUGAUCUUCGCUGGCAAGCAACUUGAAGACGGCCGUACUCUUUCUGAUUAUAAUAUCCAAAAGGAGUCUACCCUUCACUUGGUUCUCCGUCUCCGUGGUGGAAUGCAAAUUUUCGUGAAGACUCUCACUGGCAAGACCAUUACAUUGGAAGUAGAGCCUUCAGACACAAUUGAGAAUGUCAAAGCCAAGAUUCAAGAUAAGGAAGGCAUUCCCCCAGACCAGCAGCGUCUGAUCUUCGCUGGCAAGCAGCUUGAGGAUGGACGUACUUUGUCCGACUACAACAUCCAAAAGGAGUCAACCCUCCAUCUCGUCCUCCGUCUCCGUGGUGGUAUGCAAAUUUUUGUGAAGACUUUGACUGGCAAAACAAUCACCCUUGAAGUGGAGCCAUCUGAUACCAUUGAGAACGUGAAGGCAAAGAUUCAGGACAAGGAGGGCAUUCCCCCAGACCAGCAGCGUUUGAUCUUUGCUGGAAAGCAGUUGGAAGAUGGUCGAACUCUCUCUGAUUAUAACAUCCAGAAGGAAUCCACCCUCCAUCUUGUCCUCCGUCUCCGUGGUGGUAUGCAGAUCUUUGUAAAGACCCUUACGGGAAAGACCAUCACCUUGGAGGUCGAACCUUCCGACACCAUUGAGAACGUUAAAGCCAAAAUCCAAGAUAAGGAGGGAAUCCCACCAGACCAGCAACGUCUCAUUUUCGCCGGGAAACAGCUCGAGGAUGGCCGUACCCUUUCGGAUUACAACAUCCAGAAAGAAUCAACUCUGCAUUUGGUCUUGCGUCUCCGUGGUGGUAUGCAGAUCUUUGUUAAAACUCUCACUGGAAAAACCAUCACUUUGGAGGUGGAGCCUUCGGAUACAAUUGAAAAUGUGAAGGCCAAGAUCCAGGACAAGGAGGGUAUUCCUCCAGACCAGCAGCGUCUGAUCUUUGCCGGCAAACAAUUGGAGGAUGGCCGUACACUGUCCGAUUACAAUAUCCAGAAGGAAUCUACUCUCCAUUUGGUUCUCCGUCUUCGUGGUGGAAUGCAAAUCUUUGUCAAAACUCUGACGGGCAAGACAAUUACUCUGGAGGUUGAGCCAUCGGAUACCAUUGAGAAUGUUAAGGCAAAGAUUCAGGAUAAGGAAGGUAUUCCCCCAGACCAGCAGCGUCUGAUCUUCGCUGGUAAGCAACUUGAGGAUGGACGCACAUUGUCGGACUACAACAUCCAGAAGGAGUCCACGCUUCAUCUAGUCCUUCGUCUCCGUGGUGGUAUGCAGAUCUUCGUGAAGACCCUGACCGGAAAGACAAUUACCCUGGAGGUGGAGCCUUCUGACACAAUUGAAAAUGUGAAAGCCAAAAUCCAGGACAAAGAGGGAAUCCCACCAGAUCAGCAGCGUUUGAUUUUCGCAGGGAAACAGCUCGAGGAUGGGCGCACGCUCUCCGAUUAUAACAUUCAGAAGGAGUCCACCCUCCAUCUCGUCCUUCGUCUACGUGGUGGAAAUUAAAUCUCUGUAUUUUCUUUUUGCUUCAAUCACUUGGUGAAAUUAUGCGAUGGAGCCAUAUUCCGCACACUUUCCAUGAAAUUAGUAGUGAUCUGACAUAGUUGAAAACUUUUAAAAAUAAUAAAUGGAAUAAUUCAAGCUUA